AUGAUUUAUGAUACAACUAACUCACGUCAACAGACCCUCUUCUCUCGAGCUCGCAGUCCACUUGCUUCACUUCCAGGACCGUGGUAUUCGAAAUGGACGGGUGCAGUGUUGCACUUCCACUUUAUUCGGGGCCAACGUCCCCCAUACGUCCAACGCCUGCAUGAGAAAUACGGUAGAAUAGUCCGGAUCAGUCCCAACCAAGUCGACUUCUCCUCUGUUACCGCCGCAAAGCGAAUCCACUCGUACACGCGUCCGCUGCGCAAAGGCCACAUGUACCACGACCUCGCUGGUGGCGGCAAAUUUGUCAAUAUCUUCAGCACACAAGACUUUGAGUAUCACCAGCGCCAUCGGAGGCUGCUCUCGGCCCCAUUGUCAGAGUCCGGGCUCAAGGGCGUGGAACACGUCGUGGAGGAGCGAGCGAAGCUGGCGGUGCAGAGGAUCGGGGAGGAGAUGAAGAGUGAGGGAAGGGCGGAUGUGAUGAAAUGGUGGUUGUUCUUUAGCGCGGAUGUAAUUGGUGAGCUCAGCUUCGGCAACAGCUUUCGCAUGCUCGAACGGGGCAGUGAAAAUCAGUACACCCUCGAUCUCAAGAUGGUGUCCAAACUCGGCGGCCUACGCGUUGCGUUCCCAGCACUUACAAGGUUCGCCUCCCACGUUCGCCUUCCGAUCCUUACGGAGGCCACGGCCGGAUCAUUGCGAAUGCGAGCCUAUGCCCAAGAAUGUAUCCAACGGUACGAGCGCAUCGUCGCGGCAGACCCAACGAACCCUAAGCCCACGCUCUUUACGAAGUUAUUCCGCGCCGGAGAGGAGGGCAUGUCGCAACUUGAGAUCGUACAGGAUGCACAGACGUAUAUAUCAGCGGGCAGUGACACCACGGCGCAUGGUUUGACGUUCUUGGUCUGGGCCGUCUGCCGAGACGAGGAAGUGAAGCGAAGGCUAGUUGAGGAAGUGGCGACGUUAUCGGAGGGAUACAAAGACGAGGACUUGAAAGUUUUGCCGUACUUGGACCAGGUGAUACACGAGAUCUUGAGAUUGUAUGCGUCUGUGCCGGCUGCACUGCCUAGGGAUGCACCUUCAGGCGGCUGCGAAAUUGAUGGAUGUUGGAUGCCGGAGGGAACUACAGUUUGCACGCAGGCAUAUUCCAUGCAUAGAGACCCAAUCGUCUUUUCAGAACCUGGACGAUUCUUACCUUCCCGAUGGGAGAAUGCGACGAAAGAGAUGACAGACGCGUGGAUGCCCUUUGGUGGAGGCGCUCGGAUAUGCAUAGGACUCCAUCUGGCGAUGAUGGAACUUCGCCAUGCUACAGCCACGUUUUUCCGGGCGUAUCCUAAUGCUAAGGUGUCGUACAAAGAUGGGUUUAGGGACGAUGAUAUGGAGCAAGUCGCUUAUUUUCUCAUGUACCCUAAGAAUAAGCGCUGCCUUGUUGAAACCUCAUGA